CUCUGAUCAGGUGGAGUGGAAGAGUAUCUGUACGUGCAUUUGUCUCUCUGUACCUGCCGGUGUGUUGAUGUAUGUUUAGCCUCUCUCUCCUGAGUCAGGCACUGAGGGCCGUUCAUCUGGGGAACAUGUUCAGCCUUAUCAAACUUCAACGUGUCUUUACUGUCCACCAAGUGCCCAAAGCAUUUCACGAGGACAGCAUCAUCUCUGGAUAUCGACACCCUUGUAGUUCAGCCACAGACUGUGUGUUGAGUCUCUUUCAGCUCACCAAUGAGACCCUCAAUGUCUGGACUCACUUUCUACCAACCUGGUAUUUUCUCUGGAAGUUGAUGACAGUGUUGUUGAUGGAGGAUGCGUGGUAUAAUGCGUACACAUGGCCUCUGCUGGUCUUCUUGUUCUCCUGCUGUGUGUAUCCACUGGCUUCCAGCUGUGCCCACACCUUCAGCACCAUGUCAACCCGCGCUCGCCAUAUCUGCUACUUCUUUGACUAUGGAGCACUCAGCCUGUACAGCCUCGGUUCAGCGAUCAGCUACUCUGCAUAUGUUUUUCCUGACGCAUGGGUGAACAGCACAUUUCAUGCAUACUACAUCCCAGCAGCCGUACUAAACACCAUCCUCUCAACAAGCAUGGCCUGCUACUCCAGGCUUGGCAUACCAUUUCUUCAAUAUAACCUUGACAUCAAUGAAAGAUUCUCGGAGAGACAGAGCCAACGGCUGAGUAAGGUGUUGCGAAUUCUUGCCUUUGCCUACCCUUACCUGUUUGACAACAUUCCUCUCUUCUACAGGUUGUUUCUGUGUGUAGGUGAGGGUUGCACUGAUAAUGAAGCAAACUCCAUUCAUGUUCAGCAUACAUUGCUUGCAUUUCUCACUGGCUUCCUGUUUGCAACACACUUGCCUGAGAGACUGGCACCUGGAUGCUUUGAUUACAUAGGCCACAGUCAUCAACUGUUUCACGUUUGUGCAAUAAUUGGGACACACUUCCAGAUGAAGGCCAUCGAAGCUGACAUGGUGCUGAGACAGUCACAGCUGCUGGUCACUGCUCCUCCUAUCACAUUUAAUAACACAUUUGGAUCAGCUCUGGUCUGUGUCUGCAUCAGUCUGGGGAUUAUAUGUCUUUAUAGUCUACCUCUGCUGUACGGCUCCUCAGAAACACACACAACGAGGACUGAAGGAAAGAAAUGCAAGCACUAAAAGCUACUUGAGACGGGGGUCUCUGAAAGAUUAAUUGCAGUCUUGCACAAAUUACCACAGUUAUUAUGACAAUAUAUCUAGGACGUUUUUACCAGAUGUUACGUUAUAAAAAUCCCCAAGUGGGGUUGUAUGUUUACUGAAGUUAUGCAACCUGAAAUAGCAAAGAGUAAUGAAUGCGUUACUGCAUGAAUUCUGCUUCUCAGGGAAGAGCAAAACAAAGGCACUGAAGCUCUGAAACCCAUUUAUUAAAUCAUUAUUAAAUUUACAUAAUUUACAUACCCAUCACACUUUAAUACACAGACUCAAAUUGGUGAUUACUUUGUCAGUCCAACAUGAUUCAUCUAGUUUUUUCUACUCCGUAUAUUAGAGCAUGCACUUGGAAUGAAGUAAUUGAGUUGAAUGAAUCAUACUUUUCUACAAAUGAGAGAGGAGACUGUUUGGGACGAACUGAUUCUCUUGAAUGAAUCAAUCUUUCCUCCGCUACAUUGUAUGGAAUAAACUGAUUCACUAGAAUGAAGCACACUUUCCUACACUGUACUAUAUGAGAGGACCAUAGGAUAAAUCAAUUCACUGAAUCUGACUUUCCUACAAUAGCAAAUUCAGUUUUAAGACAUUUGAUCAUAAUCUCAGGACAUAAUCCUCAAAAAUGAUACUUAAUUAAAAAAAAAAAAAUUUGCAAAUUAAAUGGCUACCAUCACUUGAGUGAGAGAGAGAGAGAGAAAUAGGCAUAUGCAACACAAAAUUAAAACUGUAAACAAACUGGUGAAUCGGUUAUUCGAAGCUCAUAGAAACAAACCCAUUUUGCCUAAGGGCAUUCUUGCACAAGCCGACUUUGUUUUGCUUUAUAAGAUCUCCGUAUAUCAUUAGGAGCAACACCUAUUAAUUUUGUGAUGCCUGUAUUUUUUAUUAUUAUUUUUUUUUUGUGUGAUUUUUUAAGUGAUGGUAGAUGUUGCAUUUUAUGAAUCACCAAGAACUAUGGUUUUAGCUAAAAACCUUCUUUACUGUCCUACUGAAGAAGAAAAAAAUUACCCAUAUCAUGAAAGGUCUAAAGUUGAAUAAAUUAUUUUUAUUUUUUUUGGGAGGGGAGGGUUAUCUCUUUAAUAUAUGUCACUAGAUUGAGAUCAAAUGUCUUAAAAUUAAAUGAAAACACGCUCCACUAUUUCAUUCAUACAUGGUCAUAUUUCUUUUAUGUACACACAAACACCUCACCAAAUGAGCUAGCACUGAUAAAUAAAUAUAUGCACAACAGUCUACCAAAGUCUACGGUGACAACUGUUGUAUAUUCUACUUAUUUCUUUUCUGUAAAACUUCAAGAGUGUGGGAGGUAUUACAUAUUUUAAUAACAGCAGGUCACACUUGUUCAUGUAAGCAAAAAUGAAACUAUUUAUUGUUUGCAUGAUUCUUAAGAAUAAAAUAUUUAUUUCUAAUCAA